CUACAACACCCCCCACACCCCCUUCCCCGAUGGCUGGGCUACGUUAUAAAGCGUGAUAUCGAGGACACGGGUUGCACUGAAGCUGUGACAUCUCCUGCGUACACUUCACCCUCCUGCCUCUACUCUAGUCUUAAGGAUGUGGCGCUUGGCGGCGACGCUGCUACUGGUCAGCUUGGCCUCUGCAUGGCCAAGGGCCAGUUACUUCAAACCAAAUCGUCCCUUCAACAACCAAUGUCCCCCCAUCACUUCGGUGGUGCAAAGCAAGACGGUCGAGACUUCGGUUCAAGUCACGACCAUCACGGCCGGCAGCACUCAGGUCGUCACCACCACAAUAUUUAGGGAGACAAUAGUGCCCACGACACAGUUUCAGACGGUCACCACAACCCUGGUGCAGGUGACGACCAGUGUUGUGCAGAGCACCACGACUGUUUUCCGUAACGUGUUGGUGACACAGACCGUGCAGGGCCCCGGCACGCAACAGACACGCUUCGUCACCAGCACGCGUGUCGUGCCGCAGGUCAGCUUCAUUACGCAGACGCAAAUCAGCACACAGGUGGUGCCAGUGGAGGUAAUUCUCACUCAGAUCCAGACUGUCACACAGCCCUUCACCAACGUUUUCACUCGGACACAACUCGAAACCCGUGUCUUUACGGUCACCGGACCUGACGUGGUACAGACACGCGUCCAGACGGUGCUGCAGACGUCCCUCGUGCGGGUGGACCAGCCUGGCGACACCCGCUUCGUCACGUCGACGGUUGUGCAGCAGCAAGUGCAGACCACCGUGGUGCGGGGCCAGGAUGUCCUCACAACCACUCUGGUACAGAGUCAGCAGACCAUCCCGUUCACGACCUUCACCACUGUUGUGCAAACUGCAAUUGUCACUCAAGAAGUGGUUGUUACCAAUACCAACAUUGUCACGCAGACACAGAUUCAAACGCAGUUCGUGACCCAGGAGCAGGUUCAGACUCAGGUGGUGCCCACUACCAUUUUUAGCACCAUAAUACAAACUCAGUUCCAGUCGUUCACUCAGGUUCAAACUGUAACUCAGACACAGUUUGUUACGUUGGGAGGCAGCGUCGUAACUCAAGAAGUGACGCGCACCUCUAUCGUUCAGGUGGCAGGUCAAGACAACGUCAUCACCAGGGAAUUCCUGAGCACACAGACACAGCAGCAGACCGUGCUUGCAACCGUAACACGACCUCAAAAGGUGUUGGUGACGACGAUAAUCGCUGGGCCAUGUGGACCUGGCGUCAACGAGGGAUAUUUCUAAACAAAGCAUUUCAAUUUUCAUUGUAGUUUGAUUUAAGGUAAUUAACCUAAAAAUACGCAGAUAUUAAUGACAUCAUAUAUGUAAAUAGGGUGUGCAUUAAUUAAAAAAUGUCAUAUACACGGCCUGUUGUGUGCUUGCUCCCUGAUGUGAUGCCUCGACAGCAACCAGUCAAGGUGAGUCUUGAAGCCAUUUGUAGUCUUAUGAUAUUGAUUUUUCAUUAUAGGAAGUGGUAACAGUGU